UCCUAAAUCUCUGCGUUUGGCUGACCCGUGUCUCCCUCCCAUCAUCCAGUGCGACGUGUUGGAGGAAGUCCAGCAGGGAGUGCAUAUAAUCCCCCAGCAUGCACCAAGCGCCUGCGAUUCUGCAGCCAGCUUGUUGUUGCCAUGAGGACAGUGCAGCCACAGGGGAACUGAGCAGCAGCAUCCUCAGGAGUUUCGGCUUUCCGAAUAGUGGGGGGGCGAAUUUUCCGACUUGUUUUUUUAUUUAAUCUGUUAAAUUGCGUCUACUGAUUCAUGGGAAAUCCUUGAUUUUUUUUUUGUUUGUUUGUUUUUUACAAUGUCAGAAUUGAAUUAAGAGAAAGAAAAGAACUGGUUUGUAUGAAGAAUUUAAGUCAUAUAAAUGACAAGUCUUUCUUUCUGAGGAGGUUCCAUCAUUCUUUGCUUGUCUUCUGCCAGCGCUCCUUCCCUCACCCAUGCCAUCAGAUGUUCAGGGUGACUUCCACCCAGUUAUGGAUGUGCUGGAGAGCUCUCUACUUGUUGACUGCAGCAGCGGCUUCAUCGUCUGAGACCAGCUGGGUGUGUCCACUAACCUGCCGCUGCAACUCUUCCACGCUAGCGAUAAACUGCGGGGGCAGCCAGCUAACAUCUGUGCCAGACAGCCUUCCGCAGGAAGCUGAGCUCCUAAACUUGAGCAAGAACGCAAUCAAGACUCUGGUGCAGCAGCAGUUCUACAUGCUAACUCCACUGCUGCAUUUGGACUUAAGCGACAACCUCCUGGUGUUGAUUGAAGCAGAAGCCUUUCUGGGUUCACACAACCUCCUGACUCUUAACAUUUCACACAACCACCUAAAGAUCGUUCCAGUUGGAGCUUUCAUUGGCUUGAUGAACUUGAAGUUGCUGGACAUUAGUGGAAAUCAAAUCCUUGUGUUCUUGGACUUUACUUUUAGAGACCUGACAUCCCUCCAGUUCUGCAAAGCAUCAGACAAUAGCUUUGUAUUCAUCUCUCAUCAAGCCUUUUACGGACUCUCAAGUUUACGAGAGCUAGACCUCGAUGGCUUCAAUCUCACUGUGGUGCCAACUGAAGCUCUAAAUCAGCUCAGUAGGUUGAGGACCCUCAGUUUUCGGCGGCUGGGAACCACCUCAUUGCCAAACUACUCUUUUCGUUAUUUGGUACAGCUUAAAGAACUUGUCGUUUCUCAGUGCCCCAGAUUGGAGCGUUUGUCUGCAAACAGUCUGUUUGGUCUCAAUCUCACGUCCCUGGCCAUCACGCACUGUAACCUCAACGGCGUCCCCUACGUCCCUUUGCAUCACCUCGUGUAUCUUGUACGUCUAGACCUUUCUUUUAAUCCGAUCACCUACAUCCAUGGAAAUCUACUGAAAGAUUUACUUCGCCUCCAGGAGUUCCAUCUUGUAGGCGGAUCACUGAUCCGCAUUGAAGUUGGGGCUUUCAAGGGUUUGGUGUAUCUGAACCUGCUGAACGUGUCAAGAAACCUUCUCACCACGCUUGAGGCAGGAGCUUUCCAGUCAGUGGACGGUUUAAGAACUCUAGGCCUCGAUGGCAACUCAUUAGCGUGCGACUGUCGAUUACUUUGGGUGGUGCGGAAGCGACUCCUUCUAGAUUUUGGGGGCAAUCCACCGACUUGCACGACCUCAGUCCAGCUGCAGGGCUGGAAUUUUCUGGACUUCUCGGACGAUGAGCUCCUGAAGCUUCUCACCUGUCAGAAGCCUCGAAUCCUGAACAAUAAACGGCAAGAUGUGUCGGUGGACCAGGGUCACACAGCGGUGCUUCACUGCAGUGCAGAGGGCGACCCCCUUCCUUCCGUCAACUGGCUGAACCCCCAGCUAAGACAAGUCCCACCAGUAGGUAGGAUACGGGUUCUCACCAACGGCACUCUGGAGAUCCGCUAUGCUCAGCCACACGACAGUGGUACUUACAUCUGUGUCACUUCUAACGCUGGAGGAAACGACAGCCUGCGCGUCAGCCUUCACGUCCAAUCCUUGCCUUCAAAAAAGCACUUUGCUCUUCAUGGUUGGUCUGUGCUUCCAUCUGCCUCCACGGACGGGAUCGGGAAUCACAAACUCCCGUUUGAUCUCAAGACACUGCUGAUAGCAGCAACCAUUGGGUUUCUCUCGUUUUUUAGCUCUGUGAGCGUGUGCUUCGUUUUCAUGUUCUUUUGGAGUAAAAGCAAAGGGCAAAUCAAACACACAGCCACGAUCGCAUAUGUGCCAAGAAGUGCCAUGUCCAAUAAUAACAGCAAAUCAGCGGGUGGCUACAUGGAGACAGGCAGAUUCACCAUGAAACUGAUAUGAUUCCUCAUUAUGGUUUUAUUAUAAACACAAUUUAAUUGAAUUUCAAUGACUACAAAAACACUAAAUUUUUGAUAAAGUCAAAAACUUCUGAUAGUGUUUGACAUGUGAGCAGCUCAGUGGCCUUGUAGUAGAGUGUCCGCCCUGAAACUGGAAGGUUGUGAGAACAAAUCCAGUCUGAGUCAUACCAAAGACUCUAAAAGUAGGACCCUGCUUGACACUCAGCAUUAGGGGCUGGA